UGUUCUUCAGGUUUUCCAAACAAAAACAGAGUUGCUAUUUUAGCAGAACUAGACAAAGAGAAGAGGAAAUUACUUCUGCAAAAUCAGUCUGGAACCAACAGCCCAGGUGCAAGCAUAGCCCUCUCAAGACCAAAUGUAAACAAGGAUUUCCGUGACCAUGCAGAGCAACAGCAUAUAGCUGCCCAGCAAAAGGCAGCACUUCAGCAUGCGCAUGCACAUUCCUCUGGAUACUUUAUAACUCAAGAUUCUGCUUUUGGAAAUCUCAUUCUCCCAGUUAUCCCACGUCUGGAUGCUGAGUGA